AUGGUUGUUAAGUGCAUAUUAUGUUCUAAUAAGUAUAGACCUCCGUAUAGAGCCUUGUCAUUUAAUGUUACUUUCCAUAGAUUUCCGAAGGAUUACGAAAGAUUUAAUAAGUGGGUUAAUUUCUGCCGUCGUCCCGAACUUUUAGAAAAGGGUCCAUCCAUUUGUAAUAGAACAUGUAAAUUAUGUUCAGAGCACUUCGUCAAAACAGAUUUCAAGAAUAAUGGUUGGUUGAUUAAAAGUGCUGUGCCUUCUAUAUUUAACUGGCCUGAUGUAGAGUUGCAACAAAACAUCAGUUUAGAAAUGAUUUCUGAGGAAUCCAUCCCUAGUACUAGCAGUACUUCAAGAAUAAUGGCCGAUUCUGUUGACAUUUAUAGUAAUUCUAUUUCGUCUAUCAAUUGGUCAAACGUAUCAGCCAUGUCUUGUUCAACUUCAACUCCUAAAACUGCUUCUGUGUCAAGAUCAUUAACGUAUUCAUCAGACAAUAGCUCCACGUCUGAAACCCAAACAGAUGAAACUUUGUCAAGGAACACACCACAUAAUGUUAAACUCAAUAAUAUGCUUAGUAUCCAAAAAAAUAAAUUUAAUGAUCUUCAUAAAAAAUAUCUUACAUUAAAAAAGCAUUGUUCUGACCAACAAAAAAAGUCUUCAACAUUAGAGUUUUUUCAUUUAAUGUGCGAUAACUUUCUAAAUAAAGGUUUUGCCAAUUUUGUUAAAGUCCAGUCCAAACUAACAUUGCAAAAUCCCUGUGAACAUAGGUUUUCAUAUGAGACAAAACAAUUUGUACUCAUGAUCCAUUUUAUGGGUCCUGAAGUAUACAGAUUUCUUCAGAAAUCCUGGAGUUUGCCUUCUGUUAGAACUUUGCAAAAAACUACAGAAAAUUGGAAAAUUAAUCCUGGUUUGAGUGACUUUUUAUUUAAAGUUCUAGCAGUAAAAGCAAACUCCAUGACAGUGAAGUCUAAAGAAUGUAUCUUGUGUGUAAAUGAAAUGUCGCUUAAAUCUUUUCUUUACUAUGAUAUCAAAAAAGAUGAAAUAAUAGGUUUUCACAAUACAGGAUUCAUUAAAUCUUUCCAUGUUACUAAAUCAGUUAUGGUCAUUAUGAUUAGUGGUCUACAUAGUUCUUGGAAACAACCUGUAGGCUAUUUUUUUGUUGCCACCACUUUUACUGGAUAUGAUCUGCAAAAUAUAAUUUUCCAAACUGUUCAAAAGUUGUCUAAUAUUUCUAUUAAUGUAGUAGUCAUGAUUUCUGAUUUAGGCUUAAAUUUUAAGCACUUUGCAGAUCAACAAGGCAUUACCCCCCAGACCCCUUACUUUAAUGUUGGAGACAAAGAAAUUGUAUACAUGUUUGAUCCACCUCAUUUAUUAAAGGCAACUAGAAAUAACUUUUUCAACUAUCGUUUCAAAUCUCAAAACAAAAUAGCAGAAAAAAUUCAUCUUUCAAAUUUUUAUGAUUCUGAUAAAAGCAAACAUCAUCGAUUGGCCCCUAAAUUAACAGAUGUUCAUUUAAAUCCCAAUAGUUUUCAAAAAAUGAGAGUAAAUUUUGCCUCUCAAGUUUUUAGUUAUACGGUGGUUGCAGGAAUGACUACCCUAGUUUCUUAUAAUGAAUUACCACAUAGUGCCUUUGAUACAAUUGAUUUUAUAGAUUCCAUUUAUAAACUGUUUGAUUUAUUUAAUUCCCAUCCUAGUUCUACAGAAGUUUCUAAUCAUGAGGGAUCAAAACGUUUUUCAUUACCAUUUUCAAACUCUUCAUAUCAGAAAGAUUUUUUAAACUUAAUGUUAAAUUAUUUUGAAAAUUUAGAAAUCCAAAAAUAUAAUGUAAAAAAAAAUGAGUGGGUUAAUAUAACUAGACAGUAUAAUAUAAAAUUUAUUAAUGGAUGGUUAAUAUCAAUAGCUGGAUUAAAUCGUCUUUAUCAAAAUUUAACCAAUAACAGUCAUUCCAAAAUAGAUCCAAUAUAUACUUGUAGGUUAAAUCAAGAGGUCUUAGAAAAUUACUUUGGAACUGUAAGCAAUCAAAAUGGAAAUUUCAUAAAUCCUACAUGCAUUAAGUUUAAACAAAUGUUUAAAAAACUAUUUUGUCUUGAAUACUUUCAGCACUCUGUAAGUGCUAACUGUAUUCAAGAUUUAGAUGAUGUCUUACUCUGUCUUGAAAAUACUCCUAUAAGUGAAAUUAAAAUACUUUUCCCAGAAAAAAAUCCUAUUAAAUUUCCAUUACCUAUUAAAAACGUUAAUAAUUACAAACAAAUUAAUUUACCUGAACAAAAUGCCUUGACAUACGUUUGUGGUUACUUAAUCGGGCAAUGUUUAAAAGUUCAUCAAUGUACAACUUGUUUAAAUUUUGCACAAGCAACUACUUCCAUAUCCAGCAAAACUUUUUAUUCUCAUUUUAAAUUAUACAAAGAAAAUCCUUCUUUAUUAUUCGGUAAUUUAAUGAUGCCCUCUUCUACUUUUUAUCAGUAUAUUUUUCAAAUUGAUCAAGUUUUUGAUAGACAUUUCAUGUCAUUAGCUCCUCAGCCCCAUGUGGGUAAGACUCUUAAAGAUUUAAUUGUAAAUAACAUUUUUUUCUAUCAUCCAUGUGAUAAUUUUCCUAAAGACUUCUUAAUUAACCUAUUCUUAAGAUUUCGAAUAUACAACUCAUUAAAUAGAACCAAUAAGGAAUCUCAAGCAUUACGUACUGGUAAAAGGAACAGAAAAGUUCAAAUUCUUUCGAAUUUAUAA